AUUUCCCCUCACACUUCCUCUCGUGGAGAAUAAAAGGACUCACUUUGAUCCGACGUUUCUACUCUUCACCUCAGCGUAUUGGAUUCUGUGAUCGCCGCUGCCAUGUACGGCCACAGGGGAGCUUGAGAUGCAAAAGAAAAACUAGAUGGGUUGGGAUUGGCUUUUAUUAACGAGGUUGAGUGGGGGGUUUUUCCUUCCUUGGGUAUGGAUAAUUGAAGGGCAAUGUUUGGGAGCGGGGGGGUGUCGGACGGGUACGAGAUCGGCUCAAAGAGACCAAGAAUGAUGGAAUCGGGUCCCUACUUCGCAGUGAGGAGCAGCGGUGGUUCAAGCAGUUACCAGGCACAAGGCUACGACAGCAGAUAUCCGCCUUCUUCCACUUUUCCCGUGGUUCGUCUGAGGGGCCUCCCGUUCAACUGCACCGAUGUGGAUAUCUUCAAGUUCUUUGCCGGACUUGAUAUUGUGGAUGUCUUCUUGGUGAACAAGGAAGGGAGAUUUUCUGGAGAGGCAUUUGUUCUCUUUGCAGGGCCUAUGCAGGCUGAUCUUGCUCUCCGUAGGGACCGGCAAAACAUGGGAAGACGAUAUGUGGAGGUAUUUAGGUGCAAGAAGCAGGACUAUUACCACGCAAUAGCAUCCGAGGUUAAAGAAGGAUCUUAUGGCAGUGUUGACCCACCACCUGUCCGACGCAAGAGGUCUCCCGAGAAGGAGAGGAUGGAGUAUACAGAGAUCUUGAAGAUGCGUGGUCUUCCUUACUCUGUGAAAAAGGUGGAGAUCUUGAAAUUCUUCGAAGACACAGUCAGUGUGAAGGAGGAGAAGAUUCACAUUGCGUGCCGAUCAGACGGGAAAGCAACUGGGGAGGCGUAUGUGGAGCUUGGUUCGGUCGAAGAGGCAAGGAAAGCCAUGUCUAAGGACAAGAUGAUGAUUGGAUCAAGAUAUGUGGAACUGUUUCCUUCAACACCUGAAGAAUUGAAGCGAGCUGCAUCAAGAUCACGUUAGUGAAUUUUAAUAGAGUUUCUUCCUCUUUGUCUCUGUUGUCAGCUUACAUAUUAAAUUGUUACAUUGAAACUUGAGCUUUUAGUUUCCUAAAUCCGUUGAAGAGAUGCUUGAAAAAUAUCAACGCUGCCAUUUUACCCUGUGAGAUAAAUCUAUUAAAUCAAAUUUUUAUGAUA